CAGCGAGUUUUAUGGAGUAGCGAAAACAUACUUAGUACAUAUCAUGCAGUUUAUGGUUUUUUUACCUAGAUAAUUAAUCUUUUGUUCUCUUCACUAUUUCUUGACGACAAAUCGUGACGUUAACGUAAUAUUAAAAUGUUUGCAAUAAUAACGGACCUAUUUUUGGUGUGCGUUGUGUUACACGUGUGCAAUGCUGGGAUAAUUAUUAGUGGUCAACAACCUGCAAGUCCUGCUGGAGGAAAUUACGAAUUCAACGAGGACGAGUGGGAAUCAGUGUACAGAAUUUAUCAAGGUGACGACUGGGACUCCCAUGACGACUACCUCAGUCAGGAACGGACCGCUCGGCACGGCGACAACGAUGAUUCCCAAUUCCGUAGCUGGAAGUUGGACCAGUGGCACCAUAGUAAAAUACAGAAAGUUCGAGUAGAGUUGUACGAUGAUGGAGAUGAGGUAGCAGAGCUUGAAUUUGAAGGUGUAAUGCAAAAUAUGACCAGUUUCUUCAAUCCGAGAAACCUUCGCAAGACGAAUUUCAUUGAUAUACCAGUAGACGGUACGCCGUUCACGGGAGACGAUUUCAGUUUUGACGGAGAUGAUGAUGCCCGUCAUUGGACGGUAAGUUCCCGGCACCGAGGGGAUUGCCGUAACGAUGAAGGUUGGAUACAGGUUAUAGACAAGCCCAAACCUGGCCGUGACCGAUGUGUUUGUGGGUACGAGAAUGUAAACAAAUUCCCAACAAUAAUGUACGCCAAGGGGAACAGGAAAACAAAAUGGAGCGACCCACGUAAUGUUGGUUAUGCGGACAUGAUGCAGAUCUCUGUAAGUCACGUGCCAUAUCCAGUUUCUGUGCAACCAGUUCCGGUUCAAAUAUCGCAGGUGCCCCAGAUGGCUCAAACGAUCCAAGUAUCCCAGCCGGCCCAAAGGGUCCAGAUGGUCCAGCAGCAGCAGCAGCAACCACAGUUUCAGAUACAACGUGUUUAUAAUCCAUUCGAAACAAAGAAAUAGGGCCAUUUUCUUAAAUACGCCUAACACUGGAUCGUAGUACGUCCAGUGAUAUUCCCAUUGACAUUUUUGUAUUAUAUGUGUCAGCGCUUUUUUUGAAAUAAAUUGAAAGAAGCAUUU